GACUGAUUAGGGGAACCAUCAUUUGCCACCGUGAAGCCGUUGGAACGAAACCGUGUAGGUACUUUUACCGAAACUCCGACGAAACCAGUCAGUGAAAUCCGUGCGUGGAAAUUCGAACGGCAGUGAUCUUGGAACGCCUCAAGCCCCCUCCUUACGCCUAGCGCAUCAGCGAAAGAGACAGACAGCAAGUGAUCUCGUGAACUGUGUGGUGGGUCGAGCUUUUCGAGCUGCUCUCGUCGGAAAACGUAAUUUGGGUGGGAAAAAGCUCGCUAUUUCCUAGCGUGGAGCUGCGCUUCGUCUGGUUUGCGUUCUUUUUUCUUACCUGGUGCGCGAUUUGGAAGGUGAAAAGUUGGAGAUCAUUUAUUCGAGAUACCCAUAAGUGUGAUUGGAAAGAUUGGUUUGUCCAACAGUUGUGCUUUCAGUGUUCAGUGUAGAAGCAGUUUCAAUUCAAUAGGAUCACCAACAGGAGCUGUUUGAACUCAGUGGACGCUGCGGAAAAUUGCAUUUUGAUCGGCAAGCAGAUUUUCAAGCAGUUCCCGAGGCUAGCUGGACGAUAGACGAUACACGAGCAGAAGGUAGAGCGUACUUUUGUGGGUUAAAAAUCAAUUGAAAAAUGAAAGUGGUGGCCAUAGCGGCAGUUUUGCUGAUUUGCAUUAAUGCAAUCGAGGCGCGGACGAAGGCCGAGAAGCGAAAGGACUACGAGUACGAUUACGAGGCUGCCACGGCUGCCGGUGCCUAUGGGGGGACUUACGCUCCCAAGUCUGGAUACAGUGCCGGAAGUGGUCUAAGAUCGAUUGCGCAAGGCUCGGCCGAUCAGGCCAACUCGGCUGUAGCCAAUCAACAUGCUGCAGCCAAACAGGCCGCCUACGUAGCUCAGAACACACUGGCUCAGGCUGCGGCACAAGCUGCGGCCACGGCUCAGGCGGCACUGCACGGUAAACAAGUUUUGCUGCAAGGUCUGGAACAGCAGAGCCUGGAAGCGCAUCAAGCGCUGGACGCCGAGAUCCAGCAAUUGCAACAGGCCAAACGAUCCGCCAAAGCUGCUCAACACGCUGCGCAACAAGCUUUGAAUCAUGUUCAAGUUUUGACGGCUGCUCUGAACAACGCACAGGUAGCAUCAGAGCACGCUCAGCAAUCAGCAAGCGAAGCUGCAGCUGAGCUGGCAUCGCAAACGCAGAUGGUUGGAACGGCCAAGGCCCGAGUUGAAGCCAUCGAGGAGCAGCUGAACGCAGCCCGAGUUGAUUUCGAGGCUACCCAGGAGGCGGCUCACAAGGCGGCAGCUUCGGCCCAGGAAGCUCAAAACAACGCAGCGGAAGCCGCAGCCCACGCAGCCAUCACCCAUCGCAGUGGAACCGUGGAGAUUCAAUCUAAGUCCUUCAAACCUUCGAACGGACUUCCGGUGGGAGACGAGAUCAACAGUGCCGAAAUUGAUGGACCACCGAAUCAUAAAUAUAACGACUUCAAACCUUCCCAACAAUCAUACAAUUAUCCGGGCUAUUAACAUUUCAAUUGGUUGAAUGAAACACAAAACCUCUAUGUUUUAAUAGAAGAUAAAACGAUAAGUGUAGAGUUAUUUACGCAUUUCAAUAGUUGAAAUCAACACCGUUUCAUGACCAUGAAUCAUACGAUCUGCGUGCAUAAAAUUCAUGGCUUAUCAUACUGUAAUCACAGUAAUUCACAAGAUUUCUAAAUUAUUCAAAACAUAUAGUCUAAGAAGCUUUCAUUCAUUAAUUUGUUAACAAACAGGUGCACCAAUAAAAAAUCAUUUCCCGCGUGCACUCAAGAAUCUAGAUUGGAUAGAUGAAUAAUAUUUAUUGAAGGAAUAGUGAAUUAGAUUUGACUAACAAUUUAAUGUUGUAUCCUUAUGCUUCUUCGAUAGUGUUGGUUAAUAAAGAGUUUUAUUCAAA